AUGACCGUCCCUGUCAUCAGGGUAGCUCCCUCAGCUGCCAAUCGAGCAGUAUCGCUCCUCCGCACCAUCCAAUUUACCCAUCCACCCAAUUGCCCAUGCCACACCAAUCCAGGACAUCACCAUCACAAUCAGCGCCAACAAAUAAGCUUAGCCAACAAUGUACGACGUCAUCUAGCUACGCCCACCGACCCUUCGCAGCAGAAGGAGUAUGCCUUUGAAAUGGCCGCAUCUAGUAUCCGAUUCGGACCUGGUGCCACCAAGGAAGUCGGUAUGGACUUUAAGAAUUUGGGUGCGAAGAGAGUCUGUAUCGUGACGGACACGAAUGUAGCUCAAUUGGAUGCUAUGAAGCAGGCUACUGAGGGAUUAGCAAGGGAGGGUGUGGAAUUCACGGUGUUCGAUAAAGUCCGCACUGAGCCGAAGGAUAGUUCAAUUAAGGAAGCAAUUGCUUUUGCUAAACCGUAUAAUCCCGAUGCAUUCCUUGCUGUUGGUGGUGGUUCCGUCAUCGACACUGCCAAACUGAUGAAUUUGUACACUGUCUUCCAUGAUGCCGAUUUCUUGGACUUUGUCAACGCUCCUCUCGGCAAAGGUCUCCCCGUCACCAAACCAUUGAAGCCCCUAGUAGCCGUUCCCACGACGGCUGGAACCGGAUCCGAAACCACAGGCACCGCCAUCUUCGAUUUAGUCUCCAAAAAGGCGAAAACAGGUGUAGCUCAUCGUGCGCUCAAACCUACCCUUGGUAUCUGCGAUCCACUCAACACUCGAACCAUGCCCAGCGCUGUUCAUGCCUCUUCCGGUCUCGAUGUACUCUGCCAUUCCCUCGAAUCAUAUACCGCUAUCCCAUACUAUGAGCGCAAGCCCCGGCCUACAAACCCCAUUAACCGUCCUGCCUAUCAGGGCGCCAACCCUAUAUCGGAUAUAUUCUCAUUAAACGCUCUACGCAGCACGGUCAAAUACCUCCCCCGCGCCGUUAGGGAUCCCGAGGACUUCGAAGCGCAGGAACAAAUGCUCCUCGCUGCGACUCUCGCGGGUGUCGGAUUCGGUAACGCCGGCGUCCAUCUUUGCCAUGGUAUGAGUUACCCGAUCUCUGGACAAAAUCCAGGCUACAAACAUGCGGGUUACAACGUCGAUCACCCCAUCAUCCCACACGGCGUCUCAGUCGCCGUUACUGCCCCGGCCGUCUUCAGAUUCACAGCCGCGUCAAAUCCAGACCGACAUCUCGAAGCCGCGGAGGCCUUUGGCGUAGAUAUCUCAAACGUCAAGCGCGAAAGUGCCGGCGAAGUAUUGGGUGAAGCAAUUGCGAAAUUCUUGGUUUCGCUAGGUGAUCAACCGCGAGGACUGAAGGAAUUGGGAUUUAGUUCGGCGGAUAUUGAUGGACUCGUGGAAGGGACUAUUCCGCAGAAGAGAGUGUUGAUGUUGGCGCCUAGUUUGAGUGAGGAAUUGAAUGCUGAGAAGGAGGAGUUGAGGACUUUGUUUGAGAAUUCGUUGGAGUAUUAGUUUUUUAGGUGUAAAGUAAGGAGAUGAUCGAAUAUU